GCUCAAGGGACGACCAUGUUGUUGGUGACUCUGCUACUGCUGCUGACGGCCAGCCCGGCUCUUUUCAUGCGCUUGUACCCGCCGGGGUUGCCGACACAGUUCUACAGGGAUCUCGGCAAUGUUAUCGUCGACCAGAUGGACCUGCCGAGCAUGCCAUCGCCGCUGAGAGAGGGGCACUGGCCGCGCUCGGAGCUGAGGGUCGGCCAGGCGGCCGGCAUCUCCGUCGACUUGAAUGACCGGCCGCAGGUCUUCCACAGGGGCAACGUCACCUGGGACAGCACUUCCUUCAACCGGAGCCAUCACUACCAGCACCGGGGCCGCGGGCCAAUCCGUAUCGCAACCCUGCUGACCCUGGAGAAGGGCACUGGUGCCGUGUUGAGGUCGGAGGGCGCUGGCCGCUUCUACCUGCCGCACGGCCUGCACAUCGACGGCGAGGGCAACCGCUGGGUCACCGACGUCGCCAUGCACCAGGUGUUCAAGCUGCCGCCGGACUCGGACACGCCCACCCUGACACUGGGCGUGGCCUUUGAGCCGGGCUACGACGACGCCCACUUCUGUAAGCCCACCGACGUGGCCGUCGCCGACGACGGCACCAUCUUCGUGGCCGACGGCUACUGCAACAGCAGGAUCAUGAUUUUCAACAGGGAUGGACGCCACCUCGGCAGCUUUGGAGAGAGAGAGGGCAUGGAGUUCGUGGUGCCGCACUCGCUGGCGCUGGAGGGAGCCGUGCUAUGCGUGGCCGACCGCGAGAACAGCCGGCUCGUCUGCUGGAACGUGCGCGAACCGUUCGUGCAGCCACAGGUCGUCGACCUCCAGGUGUACGGACCGGUGUACGCCGUGGCGCCGGCCGGGGCCGUCCUCUUCACGCUGCACCACGGUCGGCGUCACCCCUCCGCUCUGACUCUUGACCUAGCCACGGGACGUGUCAUCGACAACUGGCCCGCAGCAAAGAGCCUGAACCAGCCACACGACCUGGCCGUCAGCUCUGAUGGCAGAACCAUCUACGUGGUGGAGCUGACGCCGGCACGGGUGGUCAAGUUCCUGGUCGAUCCCGACUUAUACGAACAUCUGUAACCGGGCGGUGUCUGGGGACGACCACCGGCGGUGGCCGUCGCAGCGCGAUGGCUGCGUUUGGCUGGGGACGACGGGUCUUCAAGGCCGUGGCUUGGGUUGGUUCAAUGUCAUCGCCAUGUCCCACCGCUGUUUCGUGUAACCGGUUGCGGUCUUUUAUCGUGGGAUGACAGAUCAUCCAACGCGCUGGAGGACGCAGCCGCAGCUGGCGCUGGCUGUGUGCAAUCGAUUGAUGUUCAAUGGUCCCCACUGGCGUGUUUUCCGUCGUCAGGGGGCGCACUCGCCACACGGGGCGAGGGGUUACCACCCUGACUUUGUCAAUAACGUUCUGGACGGAGCAGCAUUAGUGUCCGGCGAAUGAUCUUGGCGUCCCGCCCCUCCAUCUAGGUAUUCAUGGGGCCACCCUCAUUAGGUCCCAGGCGACGUGACCGAUGAAGGAAAAGUAUUUUUGCAGCUAUUCUUCUGGUCAACAUUCGAUAGACCUAUUGCUAAUACGUACGCCCUUUCCAAAUAUAUGUGUCAUCACAGCA